CAUAAUCACCAAAAACCCAAAACCCUACUCAACCCUCAACCUCUCUCUCUCCCUCAUCUAGCUCUCUCUCACUCCUACAUUUCCCAGAGUGAACUCUCAUCUCUCUCUUCCUCAUCCCCAAAACCCCAGCCCCCCUCUAAACCCUCUCUCUCUCUCUCCCCUCUCUCUCUCUAGACUCUCUAGUUUUCACUUCCGUCGAUGGCCAAUUGAUCGUCGCCGGUCGUUCGGGAUGGCGGCGAAGAAAGGAGUUGGUCAGAGGAAGGGUAAGAAGAAGGAGCCGAAGACUCGUCGUCUUCGUCUGCAUGAUGUUUUACUGAGUCCGGACUGCAUUUUGAAGAAGGUUUUUCGGAAGGACGGGCCCCCACUCGGUGUUGAGUUCGAUACUCUUCCUUCAUAUGCUUUCCAGCUUUGUAACAAAGGACGACGUGGUUCCAAAUGUUCUCAUCGCCUUUGUCAAGAUAAGCAAAGAGCUUUGAAAGUAAAUAAGGCUUGCAGAAAUUCUGAUCAUGCUUGUGAUGAAAGCCAAACAGCACUCAAAAAGAGAAAGGUUUCCAAACCUACCAUGUUGGACUACCAAGUAUCCAGUGUGAAAAGUGCUCCAGUAAAGAAACAUGGUAUCGGGAAAGGUUUGAUGACUGUUUGGCGGGCAAUCAAUCCUGAUGGUGGAGAUACUCCGACUGGUGUUAAUUUCAAUGAGAGAGAGUCCACUGCUGUUUUCAGCAGGGCAACUUCUGCUCCCCAGAAACCACUUGUUCAGGAGAAAAAAUCUCGGAAGCGACAACCUGUGAUGAGAAAAGUAGGAAAAGGAACUAAGGUACAGGAUAAGAGGAAGCCUCCCAUCAGUAGAAGAAAGGUACAAAGCCAUAAUACUCAGAUGCAGAUGCCGCCAUACAGAGAAAAAUGUGAACUUGCUUUUGAUAGAGUGAUAUGCCAAGAAGAUCUCGAACAAUUUGCAAAGCUAAUUGAUGAUGAGGAGUUGGAGCUACAAGAAUUAAGGGCAGGGCCGAGUCCACUAACAUGCUCUGUGCAUUUUGCUACCUCUGGGUUGCAUGGUUGUUCUCUUUGCAAAGACUUGUUAUCUAAGUUUCCACCAAAUUCUGUUGUGAUGAAGCUACCUUUCUACAUGCAACCCUGGGGUUCUUCACCAGAGCUUGUCAAGAAGUUAUUUAAGGUCUUCCAUUUCAUUUAUUCAUAUGCAGUGCUGUUGAACAUUCGCUCCUUCACCCUGGACGAGUUUGCUCAAACAUUUCAUGACAAGGAAUCGAUGUUACUUGGACAAAUUCAUUUGUCACUUCUCAAACUUCUUGUCUCUGAUGUUGAAAUGGAGCUUAGCAGGGGAGUUUUUCCUCCUGUGAGCAAUAAUGGAAAGUUUAUUGAGUUACUUCACUCGGUUGAAAAUCAGCAUAAUGUCGUGGAGUUUUGGAAGAAAUCCCUAAACCCCUUGACCUGGACAGAAAUUUUGCGUCAAGUAUUUAUUGCAGCUGGUUUUGGUUCAAAAAGUGUUACAGCGCGCAAGGAAUCUCUUUGCAAGGAAGCCACCAUCAUGGCAAAGUAUGGCUUGAGUCCUGCUACGUUGAAGGGUGAACUGUAUAGUAUUUUGUCUGAGCAAGGAAACAAGGGGAUGAAAGUUUCCAGUUUGGCUAAUUCUCCUCAGAUUGUGGACUUGAAUCUAGCUGCCACUAGCGAUGAACUAGAGCUUCUAAUAAGCUCUGCACUUUCAAGUGACAUUACCUUGUUUGAAAAGAUUUCAUGUGAUGCGUAUCGUCUACGCAUUCAUCCUGUCAUGGAGGAAGCUGAAACUUUUGAUUUAGAUUCUGAGGACUUUGGGAGUGUUGAUAAUGACUCUAAGGACAAUGACAUAUACAGCAGUGAUGACGAUUCAGAGUGUAGUUCAGAUCACAGGAUAUUGGACCAAGGGAGCUGUCAUGAAAAGGGAAAUAAAACAUUAACAGUGUACACUGAAAUUGAUGAGAGCCAUCCAGGUGAAGUAUGGUUGUUAGGACUGGUGGAAGGAGAAUAUUCAGAUUUAAGCAUUGAUGAAAAGCUGAAUGCCUUAGUUGCUUUGGUUGAUCUUCUUGGCGCCGGAUCCAGCAUCAGAAUGGAGGAUCGAAUACCACCCAGUGUGGAAAGUGUUCCCAGCAUCAACCAUUAUGGUUCUGGAGCUAAAAUAAAGAGAUCAUCAGGUAAACAACAUAGUUGGCCCUCAUCAUUUGGAGGCUACAUUGGACAAAUGCUCGCUACAAAAGAUACAACAUCAGGGCUUCACACUGUUGAUUCUUCAGCAUUUCUGUUGAAGUUUGGUGGAAAUGCAAAAUCAUGCAGUCAAAGGAAGUAUGCAAACGAAAUGGAAGCUGAAGAUGAUUUACAUCCUAUGCAAUCUGUCUUUCUGGGUUCCGAUCGUCGGUACAAUAGGUACUGGCUUUUUCUGGGUCCCUGUAAUGCACUAGAUCCAGGCCACAAGCGGAUAUACUUUGAAUCUUCUGAUGAUGGCCACUGGGAG